AUGCUGCCUGCUGCAGUGGAUUCUCACGUCGGAGCAUCCGUGUCGGAGCCGCAUGCAUGUCUGUGCAUGCAUGGCAAAAACCGAAGCGGCAAUCUAGGUGCGCUUCAAGCGGAGGGAGAGGAAGCGUUAGAAACCAGCAGCGACAAUGAAGAGAUGCAGUGUGCUGCGACACUGCGUCUCCACGAGGACUACCCAGAGCCUCUAACCAGGGCUCAACGCGAGUUACUGUACCGGCACACUGCGACGAUGGUUCAUCGGUUUGAAAUGUUGCGUAAAGGCACGCGCAUUGUUGAGCGAGGCUACAACAGCCUUAAGUCUCUUCUCGCCAGACUAGAAGAGGAACGGACACGUCUGCAGACCUCGCUGGAUGAAUUGCUAAAGCAGGAGGAAGCAGAAAGUUCAGCUACAAGCCACACCGAAUCAACUGCGAGCCGCACAGAGGCCAAACCGACCCCAAGCAGGAGACGUCCAGGUGGCCUGUUGUGCUCUGCGGCGUUUGCGAACAUGCACAAUAUCCUUAAUGCCGCAAAGCGUGAGGAGCAACAACAGCGGUUAAAUGUCACGCUAGGGCGAGAGAAAAUUGGCAAAACGACGCAGCUUAAAAUUAUAAAUGAUGACCUUGCAGAGCAGAAGCAGUACCUUGCCCCACUCACCGAGAAGUAUGAGAAGAGUCGUGCCCUGUUAGAAAUGACAAAGGGCAAGGUAUUGGAGGUUUUGCGGCUUUACGACGAGAUGCAUCGGAUGGAGGUUCUGUAUGCGUCGCGCUUUUUUUUACGCGCUUCUGGUGCUCAAGGAGGCGAGGAGGGGGCAGAAACUGCGGCGUAUGAUGUCUUUUUUGCCCCAGCGAGGUACACAGAUGAGGUGCAAGACAUGAUCCGUGAACAGGUGGAGGAGACGCUUGGUGAGUAUCUUGCCUACCGCGCUCGCGUUGACCCGGUGCUGGAGUCGCUUGCGGAGGAGCGGCGCAAUCGGGAGGCAAAGCGGGCAGACCAGCUGUUGCAGCUUAUUGGUGUUGAUACAGAGAACAUUAAGGUGGCGGCGUCCGCCGAUUUAGGUUUUGCGACAUCACUGGUGACGACAACCAUAACUGACGCGACACCUCCUGCGUUGAAGAAGAAAGAUGGAACCACUGCGGUGGCCGGCCAAAUCAGCGAUACGGAGGAUGACUACGAUGAUAAUGACCCAGGGGAUGAGCCGCAGGAAAGGAGGCAACGUGACCAGAUUCAGUCCGCGCUGGCCGCGCUUGAUGACUUUGAGGAGCUCUAUUGA